CUCCUAAAUUCAUAAUUAAUUCUUCCGGGUAACAUAAAUGGAGGUAUCAAGUCCAGCCUGAAUGUGGUUUACUAGUCAAACACAGAGCAAUAUUUUCUCUAAUUAUCAUAUUGCGUGGCUGAAUUAGCAAUCAAGAAGCCAACUCAGAUGAGAGAAAAUCGAAUAAGACUGCUCUUCGAGGUUGCUUAGAUGUGAAUUGCCAACUUGGAGAGGGUGCCCAAGGAAGUAUAUACUUGAUGACAUAUGGUGAGUCUGAGAAAUUUGCUCUUAAAGUAUGACGAAAGAAAACUAGUCUAAAAUGAGCGAGAAACUAUUCAAUUCAAAAUAGUUUUAAAGCUAUCGAAAUUUUGAACGAGGUCAAAAUAUUAGACAGUCUGAACCAUCCCUUUAUAAUAGAGUUCUUUGAAAAAUUUGAAACGGAGAACUAUAACUCUUUCCUGCUAGAGUUUUGCCAAGGAGGGGACUUACUACCCUACAUGCACCCCUUGAUUUAUACUGUAUACCACCUUCAGAAGGUCAAUAAACAAGAAAGAAAGUUUUCAGAGUCGAGUGUUAAAUUCUAUGUUAGCUGCCUUGCUCUUGCACUUGACUAUAUUCAUAGUAAAGGCUUUGUGUAUAGGGAUCUUAAGCCGGAAAAUGUCCUCCUGGACAAAAAUGGGUACCCCAAGAUCUGAGAUUUUGGUCUGUCAAUCCCCCAAUCCGACCUUAACUUCAAGACAUGAAGAAGGCGAUGUGGCAUCAAAGAAUAUUUUUCCCAGAAAUUGUCAAACGAGAAGUUUAUGGAAAAGAGGGAUGAUCUUAGCCAUGAAUGUAUCGAGUUUAUAUCUCAGCUAUUAUCCAAGGAUCGGAAUAAUAGACUUGGUAAGAAUGGUAUAAAAGACUUUAUUGUCCAUCCCUGGCUUGAGGAUAUUGACUUUAAGGAGCUUGAGCACCAAAACUCAGAGCCUCCAUAUCCGAUUGAAGGAGUGUCUCCUUCAGAAACACAUUUCUUCUGUGAAGAAUACACUCAGAAGAUGCUUGAUCACCAGCUCGUACAGGAGAUCAGCUAAGUCGAGUUUCAUCAUAUCUUAUUAUAUAAUUAACGAGUUUCAUUC